CAUGCGCGAGUAGCGGGCCCGCGGCCCCUCAGCUGCGCUCGAAAUGGCGCUGAGGCAGUGGCCCGCGCUGGUCCUGCUGCUGCUUCUACUGGGCUGCUUGACAGGGGCUGUGAAUCUCAAAUCCAGCAACCGAAACCCAGUGGUACAGGAAUUUGAAAGUGUGGAACUCUCUUGUAUCAUUACGGAUUCACAGACAAAUGACCCCAGGAUUGAAUGGAAGAAAAUUCAAGAUGAACAAACCUCAUAUGUGUUUUUUGACAACAAAAUUCAGGGAGACCUGACUGGCCGUGCAGAACUACUGGGUAAAACUUCUCUGAAGAUCUGGAAUGUGACCCGGACAGACUCAGCCCUUUACCGCUGUGAGGUGGUUGCUCGAAACGACCGCAAGGAGAUUGACGAGAUUGUCAUCGAGUUAACUGUGCAAGUGAAGCCGGUGCCUCCGGCAUGCAGGGUGCCACGGGCUGUGCCGGUGGGCAAGGCCGCCACGCUGUCCUGCCAGGAGGGCGAGGGCUACCCACGGCCGCACUACAGCUGGUACCGCAAUGAUGUGCCGUUGCCCACGGAUUCCAGAGCCAACCCCAGAUUCCGAAAUUCCUCUUUCCUCUUAAACCCUGAAACAGGCACUCUGGUGUUCAACGCUGUCCACAAGGAGGACUCAGGCCAGUACUACUGCAUCGCCUCCAACGAUGCGGGCUCGGCCCGCUGCGAGGAGCAGGACAUGGAAGUGUAUGAUCUGAACAUCAGCGGGAUCAUUGGGGGGGUCCUGGUUGUCCUGACCGUGCUGGCCCUGAUCACAGCGGGCAUCUGCUGUGCGUACAGACGUGGGUACUUCAUCAACAAUAAGCAGAACGGUGAAAGCUACAAGAACCCAGGGAAGCCGGAUGGAGUGAACUAUAUUAGGACGGAUGAGGAGGGCGACUUCAGACACAAAUCCUCCUUCGUGAUCUAGACAGCGGCGGGGCCAGGCACACAUGCGGACAUCUCCCUGGGGACCCUGCCAGGAGCAGCCCCCAUGAGGGGGCGCUGGACAUGUGCACAAAAGCUGUUUUGGCCAAAGUCGACUGCUACUCCUUUCGUACUUUUUAACAAGCCACAUGAAUAAAAAGAGUUUUCCUUGGGAUGGGCACAGUCACCACGAGUCAAAGAACAGACCAGGUUCCUGAGGCCAACCCCACUGGCAUCUGGGUGCCUUCGGGCGGGCACCAUGGGCCCUGAGGGGCUGGUGAUUUGCCUCUGGCUGUGGUUGGCAGGUGAGCCCCAUGGCUGGGGCACCACCGGCAUCAGUAGCUGAGGGCUUGCAGAGGAGGUCAGAGCUUGAACCUCAGUUGCAAUGACUUGGCUUCACCAUGACCCCCAGGCCGCUUCCUCCUAAGGCUUUGCCAUCACUGUCAAGGUGUCCAUCUCGGGAAAUCUUCUUGGGUCAGCAUUUUGUAACAGCAGCCCACAUCAGGAAGGUAAAUCACUUCUUAGCUGCAGGACCCUGCUCACCCAAGGAGGGUCCCAGUAUUGAAGGAAAACCUUCAUCUUAGGCUAAGUCUGAAAUGGUACUGAUAUAAUGUUCUGCUUUUCUAUGGGUGUUUAUUUUAUAAAAUUUACAUUCUAAAUUUUUGCUAAAGAUGUAUUUUGGUUAUUGAAAAGAAAAAUUUCUAUUUAAACUGUAAAUACUAGUUGUCAUACGAUGUGAAAUAACCUAUUUUUUUUUUUAAAGUUCCACUUAAGGCAGGAGCCCAUGAUGCUCCUGUUCAGUUGGAAACACCCUGAUUAAGAGUAUUUGAAUCCAAGAACCUCCUCAAGGGGGCUUACUGGAGCACUUCUUUGCCCACAAGGUUUGGCAUUUUGACACAAGAGAACUCAUGUCUUCCACACAGCAGACCAUGGUUGCUUAGGAAACCUUUACAAAGAUUCCGAUUGAGUAUGCCGAGGUCUGUUUGCCUCUCUCCAGAAGAGAGGAGGAGCUCGGGGUUAGCUUGGAGCUGCCACUCCCUUAGGUUGCUCAGACUACCUCUGCCUAAACCCUCAGACACGUGUGUCCAGACGGUGUCAGCUGGUGCCCAGGCUCGGGCCGCUUGUCCUGCUCUGAGUAGUGCUGGCUCCCGAUUCCCCAGGCCCUCUCAGUCCAUCCAUCUGUCACUGACGCCCAAUGGUGAUCAGCCCUGAGUGUGCAGGGGCUGGAAGGGGGUGUCCUCCAUGUGCACCCCAGCCCAGCUUCCCUGGGACAGAGCCUUGUGGCUGCAGCUAGAUGGUCAUGAAACAGAGCAGCCCCACUGUCUGGCUUUUACAUCAGUGUACUUACCUGUGCCGUUCAGGAGAGUGUGCAGGGCCAAAGGCAGUCCUGAAGUCAACCUGUCACCCACCUUUAUGUUUUUAAAGACCAUGAACCCCGCUGCCCUCUUUGCCACGGAGGCAGCAUAGGUCCUGUCUUACGAGAUGUUCUGUGGUGAAGAAUGGCAAGAAGGGCGGCUGGUGAUAGCCCGAGGGUGGGCAGGGUGUGCCCAAGUCAGAGGCCAUUUCCACAGUGUGACAAAGGUUCUCCUCUGUCCAGAGGCCUUUGUUCCUUGAGAGUAAACAUUCUUAGCCUCAGACAGGCUGCAGCAUUAACUCCCCACAUGAAGCCCUUGGGAACAAAGAGCUGCUCAAGAUGCCUCCGCCUCCACUGUGUCACAGGAUGGUUUUUAUGUAGAACAGUCAUCUUGGGACUAAACUUUCAGUGUCUUAAUUUUUAUACUUUUGAGUUUUUAAAUUGAAUACUUGAGACUUACGUUGACCUUUGAGUUGUGUGAACUUUACCACAGAGUAUUCUGCAGAAGCAGGCAGCCCUCCAUAAUGCCGGGGUGCCCACCUUCUUCUGUAUUUGUCUUGAAAGCUUCGACAUGAGACUGUCCCUUCAUCCUCAGCUCCCCUUGGUGGAGGGGAUAGUGCUCUUCUGUUCGUGGGGACGACUCUAGCUGCCAUAUUGAUUGUCAUAGCGAUGGGGUGGUCUGACCUCCCUUCUUGUGCCCUAAAACGUCCACCUGGUGCCACGUGACCUGGCUCUGACAGUAGAGAGAAGCCAACAUGGGGUCUUGGAGGUCCCUGCCUGUCACUGUAAAAACGCAGACAGAAAAGGAGCAUCGUGUGAUCUUAGGAUGUAAAUGUCACUGGAGACCAGAGGCCACAUGAGCUGCUGCACUCUUUGUGUGGCUGCGGCCAGACACAGUGCCACAGACUUGUGCUACUAACACGCCUGUAAGUUGGGAUUUGUUAAACCUCAUUCAUAAAAGCUUCUUAAAAAAAAAAAAAUCAC